AUGCUCUCUCUCUCUCUCUCUCUCUCUCUCUCUCUCUCUCUCUCUCUCUCUCUCCCUCCCCUAACUAUCUCUCACUGUAACUAUACUAUUCAUUAUCUAUUCAUCUAUCUAUCUAUCUAUCUAUCUAUCUAUCUAUCUAUCUAUCUUUGCCUUUUCAUAUCUAUGUAUGUCAGUCUUUUCAUAUCUAUCUAUCUAUCUAUCUAUCUAUCUAUCUAUCUAUCUAUCUAUCUAUCUAUCUAUCUAUCUAUGUCAGACUGUUCAUUAUCUAUCUAUCUAUCUAUCUAUCUAUCUAUCUAUCUAUCUAUCUAUCUCAGGCUGUUCAUUAUCUAUCUAUCUAUCUAUCGUUGCCUUUUCAUAUCUAUGUAUGUCAGUCUUUUUAUGUCUAUCUAUCUAUCUAUCUAUGUCAUCUAUCUAUCCAUCUAUCAUCUAUCUAUUCAUUCAUUCAUCUAUCUAUCUAUCUAUCUAUCUAUAUUUGCCUUUUCAUAUCUAUGUAUGUCAGUUUUUUUUGUAUCUAUCUCAUCUAUCUAUUCAUUCAUCUAUCUAUCUAUCUAUCUAUCUAUCUAUCUAUCUCAGGCUGUUCAUUAUGUAUCUAUCUAUCUGUCUCACACACACAUACACAUACGCACACAAACAAUCAAAUAUUUUCCUUUUCUGGGCUAUAUGCGUUUUAACUCGAUUAUGAAAUACUGUUGA